AUGUCAUCUUCGUUCUUCUAUCGACUCACGGCUAGGCGUCUUGCCAUCGCGAGUACCGGAAUUGGAGCAGCUGGAUUCACUGCAAAUAACCCUCGUCGCGGUGACGCUGAAGACGUCUCUGCGGCGGAAGAACAAUUCCACACCUCAUCUUCUCACCCUAUCCCCCUAAACUGGACAGGUGAAGUCUGGAAAAUCCGGAACGAUUAUCCAAACACAACUCGACAGGCAUCAACCCAAGGAGUAAAAUUGGCUGGUAUCCCAAUGAUUCCUGGUCCUGAACUCCCUUUGCCAGGCAGAGGUUUAGACCAAGAAGCCCCAUGGCUCACGGUAGACUUCAAGUCAGACCCUGAAAGAUACUGUCAGCUGGUCAAAGAGUAUUGCUGGGAAGGUAAUGAGAACAAUGGUUUUGUUGUGCAAAGAAACAAAGUGACGUAUCUCACCCUGUUAGACGGCCUUUGA